GUUGGAUUAGAGGUUUUGAUAGCUGGUGUUCUAUCCGAUGGGGAUGGGGAUGCCAGCCAUUCUCCAGCUGCUGAAACUCUGUGUCAUUGGCUGUGCUUUGGUUGUGCAAGGAUCUACAGACUCCAAUAUAUCCCCAUCUCCAGCAACUUUUUCUUCUUCGCCUCCAAUAGAAGGAACACCCGGUCCUGAUCAUCCUAGAAAGUCGUGGAGAAGCAGUGCGCCAAGCUCAUUGUUGCAGCCGAAUGGGUCAGAUUCUCAUCACCCUCAACUUGUAUUACCACCUCCUACAUCGGCCCCAGUGCCCCAAAUGAUCCAAUGGCUUGUACCAUCCUUGCCAACAAAUACUCCAACUGUAUCACCAUCAUAUAGGACAGCUCCCCCACCUUUGAAUGUCCUAGGACAUGUACCAUCCAUGCCACCUAGUGCUCCUCAGGGGAAGAUACCAGUUAAUAAGACUCCUGUUGCAAUGCCAGUUGCUGCUCCAGUAGCAACUCCUACACAGAAUCUUUCUCAUAAUUCACCAAGUGCUUCUCAAAGGAAGGCACCAGUUAAUAAGAUUCCUGCCUCAUUGCCAGUCACUGCUCCAGCUCCAGUAGCAGCUCCUUCGCAGAAUUUGCCUCAGCAUGCGCCAAGUGGUCCUGAAAAGAAGACACCAGUUACUAAGGCUCCUAUCUCAAAACCAAUCACUGCUUCAGUUCCAGUAGCAUCUCCUUCACAGAAUUUGCCAAGUGCUCCUCCAAGAGAGGCUCCAGUUGAUAAGAGUCCUUCACAGAAUUUGCCAAGUGCUCCUCCAAGGGAGGCUCCAGUUGAUAAGGGUCCUUCACAGAAUUUGCCAAGUGCUCCUCCAAGGGAGGCUCCAGCUCCAAGGGAGGCUCCAGUUGAUAAGAGUCCUGUCUCAAUUCCAGUCACAGCUCCAGUUCCUGUUGCAACUCCUUCAACAAAUUUGCCCCGAAAUUCACCAAUUGGCCUGCCAAGUAUGCCAGGAACACUGUCACCAAGCUCUCAUAAAAGAAAUGCAGCGGAUAAUAUGGCUCCCAUUCCAGAGCCAGUUGCCCCGGCACCAGCUAUCUCAACAAGUAGCAAAUUGCCAGAAAAUUCACCAACCAUCCAUCCAGUUAUGCCUGGCAAAUCCCCAUCCAUAUUACCAGACCCUGAUGCCUCACCUGCAUCAACUCCUCCUCAAAGCAUUGGUUGGCAGAGGGAUAGAAUUCCUGCGGCUGCACCCCCACAUGAAUUACCUACGCCAGCACCCAUUGUGGACCAUUCCUCAGCUCAAAGUCCUUCCCCCACUGUAGCUCCUUCCACACACACAGAUAUGAGGCAUAAUAAUGCUCCCGCACCAUCUCUUUUAUCUCCUAAAGUUCCAUCACAUAAAGGGCAUCAUUCUCCCGCACCUUCGCCUUCAACUUCAAUUUAUAAGCAUCAUCAUACAAGGAACAAAAACAGCAGCCCUGCUCCUGCAUCAUUAUAUCCGGUUUCUCCUCCCACUUCAAAACAGCAAGGUCCAGGGAUCUCUCCAGCAUUAGUUCCAAUAGCUGAACAAGCACACUAUGCCCCCCCUCCCUCAAAGCCAGCCUCUUCAGUUCCCCAAUCCCAAUAUCCCUUUCCUUCACCAAUGAGCAAUGUUUCACCGGCUCCUUCUCUGCCUCCAAAGGCCACAUCUGGUCAUACGAAAGUGCCCUUUCUUCCUCCUAAUGUUUCUCCUGGGUCUUCGGCGAAGAGUCCGAAGAUGCCACUCCUGCCUCCACUUCAAGCAUUCCCACCUCCACCUCCUAAUCUUGAUUGUUCAACAACUAUUUGCACUGAACCCUAUACAAAUACUCCUCCUGAUGCACCCUGUGCCUGUGUCUUGCCCAUGCAAGUUGGAUUGCGCCUUAGUGUUGCUUUGUAUACCUUCUUCCCUUUGGUCUCAGAGCUGGCUAAAGAAAUUGCUACUGGGGUUUUUAUGAAACAAAGUCAAGUUCGCAUUAUUGGAGCAAAUGCUGCUAGUCAGCAACCAGAGAAGACUAUCGUUCUUAUCGACUUGGUGCCCCUGGGGGAUAAAUUUGAUAACCCCACAGCGUUGUUGACUUUUCAGAGAUUUUGGCAUAAACAAGUUGUUAUAAAAGCUUCCUACUUUGGUGACUAUGAAGUGCUGUAUGUACGAUACCCUGGUCUACCCCAAUCUCCACCUUCACCUACGGGCAUUACCAUAAUAGAUGGUGGUCCGUACCCUGGUAUUGACAAUAACGCAAGGGCAAAUAAACCCCUUGGGGUUGAUGUGCGGAAAAAUCGGCAUAAAGAUGGGCUCAGUGGUGGGAUAAUCAUUGUUAUUGCUCUCUCAGCUGCUGUUGCAGUAGUCUUAUGCUUUGCUGUUACUUGGGUAUUGCUCUUCAAACAUAGAAACCAUGUUCCAGUGUCGACUCCACAGGCUAUGCCACCUUCCCUCAUCAAACCAUCAGGGCGUGCUGGCUCUUUGACCGGAAGUGGGCCCAGUUCUGUGUCAUUGUCAUUUGGAUCUAGCAUUGCACCUUAUACUGGAUCUGCUAAGACUUUCAGUAUGAGUGACAUAGAGAAAGCCACUGACAAUUUAGAUGCUUCAAGAAUACUUGGGGAAGGUGGCUUUGGACGUGUUUAUAGUGGUGUUCUUGAAGAUGGGACCAAAGUGGCUGUCAAAGUUUUAAAGAGAGCAGAUCAGCAGGGUGGUCGGGAGUUCUUAGCUGAAGUUGAGAUGCUUAGCCGCCUUCAUCAUCGCAACUUGGUCAAGUUGAUUGGUAUAUGUACCGAGGAGCGGACCCGCUGCUUGGUAUAUGAACUCAUUCCAAAUGGCAGUGUGGAAUCUCACUUGCACGGAAUUGACAAGGAAACUGCUCCACUUAAUUGGGCUUCCCGUUUGAAGAUAGCACUUGGAGCCGCUCGUGGUCUAGCCUAUCUGCAUGAGGAUUCUAGCCCUCGUGUCAUACACAGGGACUUCAAGUCCAGCAAUAUCUUGUUGGAACAUGAUUUUACGCCAAAAGUGUCUGACUUUGGUUUGGCUCGAACUGCCUUGGAUGGGGAAAACAAGCAUAUAUCAACACGUGUCAUGGGAACAUUUGGGUAUGUGGCUCCAGAGUAUGCAAUGACUGGGCAUCUUCUUGUGAAAAGUGACGUUUACAGCUAUGGAGUUGUCCUUCUUGAGCUUUUGUCUGGGAGAAAGCCAGUAGAUAUGUCACAACCACCUGGCCAAGAGAAUUUAGUUGCAUGGGCCCGCCCACUUCUCACUAGCAAAGAAGGGCUGGAGACAAUUAUAGAUACAUCUCUAGGAUCCGAUGUGUCUUUCGAUAGUAUUGCCAAAGUAGCAGCCAUUGCUUCCAUGUGUGUACAACCAGAGGUAUCACACCGUCCGUUUAUGGGUGAGGUGGUUCAGGCGUUAAAACUAGUAUGUAAUGAGUGUGAUGAUGCAAGAGCAGGUUCAAAAAGCUCAAGCCAUGACGAUUUGUCAAUUGACAUGGACACUGGUGUCGGUACUGGCUCAGGACACUUACCAGAUCCUUUGCUAAGCCAAUACUCAGUUCCAAACUUCAAUUCCGGAAUUGAUACUGAGAGGGGACUGUCAGUAUCAGAGUUAUUUUCAUCAGCAAGAUUUGGGAGGCAGGAAUCUGGUUCGUUUAGAAGGUACUCUAGUUCAGGUCCUUUGAGAACGGGAAGGGGCGGGCACUUCUGGGAGAAAAUCAGGAGAUUGUCUGGGGGCAGUGUGAGCGAACAUGGUGGGGCUACAUUCAGGUUAUGGCCAGGUUCACAUUGAUGUGAUAAUUCUCUUAAAGGGUUGUCACUCUGCAACUUUUGGAACUCAGAUUUUAUUUUAAAGCACAUCCAGGAGUUUGAUACCUCAUUCAGAAGACAAGAAUGGCUUGCUAGGGCUUGGAACUGGGAUGUAAGUAAGUUAUGAAUGAACAUUCUGUACUUCUUUUUGGCCAUAAAAAUGAACUUCUGGAUGCAAUUGCUUUUCUGGGAGGGUGUAAAUAUAUAAUUGAGAUUGGAGGUAAUAAGUUUUUUCAAAUGGUGAUGGGUGUUAGUCUUGGACAGUGAGUCCAUCCUGAGCAUCCUCACAGUUGCAUUAGCAAUAA